AUGGGACUUUUAAGUCAGGAACCAAUCUUAUUUGCAACAACUUUGAAGGAAAACAUAUUGUAUGGCAAAGAAGAUGCUUCUAAUGAAGAUAAUAGAACAGCAAUGGAACUUGCUAAUGCUGCCAAAUUCAUUGACAACCUCCGCCAGAGAUUGACAAGCAGCGGAUCACUCCCUCCUCCCUUUGGUGCUCCUGAUCUUAUUGACUAUCAAGAAGCUCAAACUGGAGAUACCAGAGAUGAAAGGGAAGUCAAGGUAGUGCACCAGGAGAUUAGUUGGUUUGAUAAUCCUCGCAACUCAAGUGGUGUUGUUGUCGCAAGGUUAUCUACUGAUGCCUCGACUGUAAGGAGCCUUGUAGGCGAUGCUUUAGCGCUAAUUUUCCAGAACAUAGCGACGGUGAUAGUAUGCCUGGUGAUAGUCUUCUCGACCAAUUGGUUGCUAGCAAUCAUAAUCCUUCUUGUUCUGCCGCUUGUUGGUUUGCGAGGAUUCCUCUCAAUGAGGUUCUACAAAGGGUUCAGUGUAGAUGCCAAGCUGGUGAUGUAUGAAGAAGCUUGUCAAGUGGCAAAUGAUGCUGUCAGCAGCAUCAGAACUGUUGCGUCAUUUAGUGCUGAAGAGAAGAUAAUGAAAAUGUACGAGAAAAAAUGCGAGGCUCAUGUGAAGCAAGGAGUUCGAGUUGGACUUAUUAGGGAGCUGGUUCUUUUGCUUUCUUUUGCACAAAUUCCUCCUGUUUCUACAUUGGAUCUGUUCUGA